GCCCCGGGCCCGGCGCUCCCCGCCCGGUGCCGGUGCCGGUCCGGCUCCGGUUCGGGCUCCGGGCCCGGCUCGGCCCGGCUCGGCCCGGCCCGCCGCAGGGAGGAUGGGGCAGCCGCGGCGGCCAGCGAUCGGCUGCGGCCCGGCGGCGCCAUGACCGGCGAGAAGAAGAAGAAAAAGCGGCUCAACCGCAGCGUCCUGCUGGCCAAGAAGAUCGUGAUCCGGGACGGGGCCGGCCGACAGGGGAUUGGGGACCCCAGCGUGUACCACGCUGUGGUGGUGAUUUUCCUGGAGUUCUUUGCCUGGGGGCUGCUGACCACACCGAUGCUGACGGUGUUACACCAGACUUUUCCUCAGCACACGUUCCUGAUGAAUGGCCUGAUUCACGGAGUCAAGGGUCUGCUCUCUUUCCUAAGUGCUCCGCUGAUUGGUGCUCUCUCUGAUGUCUGGGGCAGGAAAUCCUUCCUCCUCCUCACCGUCUUCUUCACGUGUGCACCAAUUCCCCUGAUGAAGAUCAGCCCGUGGUGGUACUUUGCUGUCAUUUCCAUGUCUGGAGUGUUUGCUGUCACGUUUUCCGUGAUUUUUGCCUACGUUGCCGACAUCACACAGGAGCAUGAGCGCAGCACGGCAUAUGGCUUGGUGUCAGCCACAUUUGCUGCCAGUCUGGUCACCAGCCCGGCCAUCGGCGCAUACCUUUCCCAAGCCUACGGUGAUACCUUGGUGGUUGUGCUGGCCUCAGGUGUUGCUUUACUGGAUAUUGGCUUCAUCCUGCUGGCUGUGCCGGAGUCACUGCCAGAAGAGAUGCGCCCGGUCUCCUGGGGAGCCCCAAUUUCUUGGGAACAAGCCGACCCAUUUGCUUCGUUGCGGAAGGUGGGUCAGGACUCUACAGUGCUGCUCAUCUGUAUCACCGUCUUUCUCUCCUACCUUCCUGAAGCCGGCCAGUACUCCAGCUUCUUCCUGUACCUGCGACAGGUCAUUGGCUUUUCCUCAGAGACUGUAGCAGCCUUUAUCGGAGUAGUUGGAAUUCUCUCUAUACUGGCUCAGACAGUUGUGUUGGGAAUUCUUAUGCGUUCCAUAGGAAAUAAAAACACCAUCCUUCUGGGACUAGGCUUCCAGAUCCUGCAGCUUGCCUGGUAUGGCUUUGGAUCACAGCCUUGGAUGAUGUGGGCAGCAGGAGCUGUGGCUGCCAUGUCCAGCAUCACCUUCCCAGCCAUCAGUGCCAUGGUGUCGAGGAAUGCGGACCCUGACCAGCAGGGUGUGGUGCAGGGGAUGAUCACUGGAAUUCGGGGUCUUUGUAAUGGCCUGGGGCCGGCACUCUAUGGCUUUGUCUUCUAUCUCUUCCACGUGGAGUUGAAUGAAAUGGCUGAGGUGGAAACCUUGGGCAAGGCCUCCAAACCCAACAUGGCCAACCCUACAGAUGAGAGCAGCAUCAUCCCUGGGCCACCCUUCCUGUUCGGGGCAUGCUCUGUGCUGCUGUCGCUGCUGGUGGCCCUGUUCAUUCCGGAACACAACCUGGUGCUGAGGUCAGGCGGCCACAAGAAGCACAGUACGGGGGCCCAGGCCCACCCCCACAGCCCACCAGCCGGGGGGUCGGAUGGCAAGGAGCCCUUGCUGGAGGACAGCAGCGUGUGAGGUGGGACAGCGGGACCUGCCUCGCAGCUCAACUCCACUUCAAGAAUGGACUCGGCAGGAGUUCGGAGGGGGAGAGAGGAGCCGAGGUAACAGACUGUGCUGCUAACAGCUACUGAGGAGGGGACGGGGUUUCCCUUCAAGCCAAAUACACACAGCUGGUGCAAAAAUGGAAUUGUAUCACCUGGUGUUGAUGGAAAGGGGACAUACGGAACUGCUCCAUGUGGAAGGCUAGUUCUGGAAAGCAAACCUGCCCUUGUGCGUGAACCCUGCGCCCCGUGCUGUGCCCUGCCAAACCCUCCACUCGCCAGUCACAAAGGUUGGAGCUGGCAUGGUCUGUGUUUGGUGGGAACUCACUGGGCUGUCCCCCAGAAUAAAACACGGCAUCUGCUCUGUGCCUGAUCCCUGAUACAGCUGAUUCCUGCCACUGGUCCCUGGCAGCCCCCAGAGCGGGCCUGGCACCCCCUGUGCGGUGUGUGUGGCCUGGGCUGCGGUGACACGCUGAGCCAAGCAGAUGGGUGCUGUGUGGAGCACAAGGGGUGGAGCUCCUCACUGCCCGAGGACCUGAGGAAUUUGCCCAUUCUGCCCCAAGUGAAACUUAGACCAAAAAAAAAAAUGUACUGACUUAAUGUUCUGAUGAAGAGGAUAAAGAUUAAGAAGUCAAGUUGCAGCUCACAGAAAGGAGAAUGGGCAGGUGAGAGGAGGGCAACUACACGAAUUAUAAAUGCUUGAAUGGCUGCAAUGGCCGUGGUUCUGUUUGGUUUUCCUCUUUUUGUCAUGUUGAGGUGGCAUUUGCCUGUCACUGCCUCCACAGGCAGUAGGUAGCAGAAUUUUUCAGAAAUCUUUAUGGAGCUGUGAGUGUUGUUUAGGAGAUACCGUUGUCUGGGAGGUCAGACAAACAACUAAACUGUGCCGAGCACUUUGGAGAAUGUGGUUUCAUGGAAGAAAGGUCAGAGAAAUGGCUGUUUACCUUGAGCACUUGUAUAAAGCAUGGUGGCUCCUGCCAUCUAAUGUUAAACCCAGAGAAUGCUUGGAGCUGGUUUGUUCUUGGUCCAGGAGAUCCUAAUGGUGAGGAUUGUGUUGAUUUGGACUCCAUGUGGCAUUUCUGAGCCUGCCAUGAAGGCUUUUGUUUAUAAAACAGUGAAAUUGCAACCUCUGCUCAGAAAGAGCCGGAGGUGCUUGAAGCAUUGUGAAAGAAGCUGAGACAACCAGGGAACGUGUGGUUGUUUAUAAAGAUGUGACAGAGGGCAGGAAACGAUUGUUCUCAUUUAAGUAAAUCAGAAAUAAUGGCACCGAGCAGUUCUGGGAAGUAAAGACCAAACUGGGAACACUCCAGGAAUCGGUUGUUAAGGGAAUUACGGCUACAGGGGCCAAACCAGUCCUGCCUCAGAGCGGGGGCCAGUGCAGCCAUAGCCAUUCUCUGGGCAGGGUCCCCUCUCUGGGGGUUUGGGACAGGUAACCCAGGGAAGAGCAACCAAAAGGGAGGGAGUGUUGGCCCUUCACGUCGUGGGCACACACAGGGCAGUGCUGCCCAUCCCCGCUCUGCCUGGGAGCACCCUCUGACUGCUCCAGAGCCUCUUGGGGCUCUUCGGUGUUGGCUCUGGGCACAGCAAGGGUGGCAACUUCAUAUGGAUCCCUUAUGUGCCUGUCAGACUCUGACAGCCAGGACCAGCUGCCUGCCCAGCCUGGGUAACUGGUAACACAGUGUCUGUUUACCAGUUUUCUGGACCAGUUGGUUAUUGAAGGUGGAUGUUUAAGUGAAAGGGUUGACUGUUUUUCAUCGAUCUGGCCUGGUACUGGAUCCUGUGCUCACAACUGGGAGAAGCCCGUUCUGCGAGCAGAGUGCGGCCGUCUCGGACAGGGAGGGACGCUGAGGUGGGUCUGGCUGCAGGGCUGGGGAGCAGAGCCAGCAGGAACUUCAGUGACCUGCCGUGACUCCACUUUUCCCAAGCUCCUUGUGGCGACACUCCCAAUUCCCAAAUAUUGCUGGGAUGGUCAGUACUUGUGCGUACAUAGCAAGCUUUUUUUCUGAAGGAAAUCCCGUCACUUGCACUUCCAGGCAGCAGUUCCCCUCCCUAUGUGUUCCUCACAAAAAUGCCUUUUUUAGAUGGGACUUUUUUACCAAGUCCUGAUGAUCUGUUGAUUUACACUUGAUAAAGUGAGCUAAAGUGGGUUUUUCCCUCACAUACAGAUGAAGUGAAACACAGAAUUGUUACCUUGCUCACACACAGGCACUUGAAGCUUCACAGGUACAAUAUAGCGGCACAUUAUGAAAAGACGAGCAUAGUUUAUAUGAUAUAAAGUAUAUAGAGAUAUAUUUUUAAAAAUAAGUCCUUUCCCUUAUUCCAUAGUUUAUUGAAACUGAUGUGUUUCUUGGUCCCGUUCCCUCUCACCACCGCUGCUGCCUGCGGCCUCUCAGCCUCUUCUUCCCCUCAGACUGCAGAACCAUCCGGUGACCUUCCCUCCCCAGUCCUGUCCCUCACGACAAGAUCCCUGAGCUUCUGGCGAUGCUGAUGUGCCCUGGCUUCUGUGUCAUGGGCCUGGAGUGUUUUGAUGCCUUUUUCAGCCUUCAAGCUCAGGGUCAGGUGCUGCCACAGGUGACUAUCAGGUGAGGGGCUGCAGCCUGGCUGGUGACCAGCUCUCCUGCCAUGAAGGUACAGCACCAGGCAGCAGUGGGAACCAGUGGAAAGGUGGCUUGUGCUGGCCUGUGGAUUCCUUCCCACCCUACUGGGGUUCCUGUCAUCUGGUUUGGUGGGGCCUUGGUCUGGUGCCUCCUCUCCCCUCAGCGCAGGGACUCCCGUACUGUUCUGCUUUUAUGUGACAGAGCAGGAGCUGGGCCAAGUGGUGCCAGAGCUGAAGUUCCCGGAGCCGAAUGAAGAAUGUCUCAUUCUGAAGGGCCGGUACUUCCACAGCAUCCCACGUGGAGUUUGGAAAGGCUGUGUGGAGCAUUCAACUAAUUUUGCCAUUUUUUUUUUACUUUAUAUGAAAAUGCAACUUUUAAAAGGAGUCUUUUAAAAUAACCUUGAUCUGCUGUGCAGUGUCUGAGCCUGGCUGUUUAAGAUCAGAAUUCCCAGGAUUUGUCUGCAGGGACUUAUAUUUCAGGAUGGUAACAGUAAUGCCCAAACACAAGGCAAAAAUCGGCUUGAUUGCCUGUCUGCAGUCCCAGCAUUAAUGGCCGCAGGUCAAGUGAGUUGCCACUGAUCUUGUUGCGUUAAAAACCUGAGUUACACCAUUGUUUUCUCUUCUGCCAUUAAUUUUGCAAAGUAGUAACAUUUUACUUCCCUGUUUUUAUUCUUUCUCUGCACUUGAAUGGCUGCUGACAGCUGUGGUAUCUUUAAAGCGUGGGCAUGGGCUGAGUCCCACCUCUCUCUCUCCCACCUCUCUCACCAUUGCGUGCGUUUGUGUGUCUCUUUUUUAAGCUAACUAUAAAAUGUAUUUAUUUCGGUUCAGGUUGUGUUUGGAACUGGCUAAUCUCUCCCUCUGAUGGAUUAUUUAUUAAACUGCUGCUUUCCUGUUGUGUUGAA